CGUGGGUUCGCCUGUGUGACACAAUUACAACAACUUUAAUCCGCUAGCGAACACAACUUUGAGAUUGUUUGAAUACGUUCCGCGUUUUUGAGUGUGCAGGGCCGCACGUCACGCAUCAACACUGAGCCGCCGCGUCACAGUUUGUUCCUGCAAAACAAUGUGAGACGACGCGCCGCUGGAGGGCAGCUCGCUUCGCACGGGUUCAGACGCUGAGGCGCGUUUCACUGGAGAAAAAGUUCGCGUUUAUUGUGGCUUUUGGACGCACGGAGCUCGCCUUCCCUCGAUUUCGCGGCGCGAUUCCAUGAAAUCGUGCCGAGUGUCGCUCUCCGUCGCCGCCGCUCGCCGCCUCAGCGCCGCUGGUGAUGAGGAGAAGAAAAUGGCGGCGGGAAAAGCGAGCGAACCCGAGGAGGACGCGCCGCGGCUGAGCGCGCAGGAGAGCGACGCUCUGGCCCGCGUCGACAGCUCUCUGUUCGGAUACCAGCGGCUUCAUGAAGAUGGCGCCAGCAUGAAGGCCCUGCUCGUAAAGGCUGUUCGCUGCUACGAGUCUCUCAUCCUGAAAGCUGAAGGAAAAGUGGAUCCCGAGUUUUUCUGCCAGCUGGGUCAUUUCAACCUCUUACUGGAGGAGUAUCCGAAAGCAUUAUCGGCGUACCAGCGGUACUACAGUUUACAAUCAGACUACUGGAAGAAUGCUGCCUUUCUGUACGGCCUCGGGAUGCUUUACUUCCAUUACAAUGCGUUUCAGUGGGCGAUCAAGGCGUUUCAUGAGGUGCUGUACAUCGACCCCGGCUUCUCGCGCGCUAAAGAGAUUCAUCUGCGUCUCGGCCUGAUGUUCAAAGUCAACACAGACUACGAGUCCAGCUUAAAGCACUUUCAGCUGGCCCUCAUCGACUCCAAUCACUGCACUUUGUCCAAAGCGGAGAUUCAGUUUCACAUCGCGCAUUUAUACGAGAUCCAGAAGAGAUACCGUGCAGCCAAAGAGGCCUACGAGAGUCUCCUGCAGACGGAGGACUUACCUGCGCAGGUGAAGGCGGCGACCUUACAGCAGCUGGGCUGGAUGCAUCAUACGGUCGAGCAGCUGGGAGAUAAAGCUAAUAAGGACAGCUACGCCAUCCAGUGUCUCCAGAAAUCUCUGGAGGCCGAUCCGAACUCUGGCCAGUCCUGGUAUUUCCUCGGCAGGUGCUACUCCAGUAUUGGGAAGGUCCAGGAUGCGUUCAUCUCAUACAGACAGUCCAUAGACAAAUCAGAGGCCAGCGCAGACACGUGGUGCUCGAUCGGGUGCGUAUCUGUCAGAUCCAUCAGAACUGCUGAUGUUUACAUGAAGAGCUCUUCGGCCAUCGUUACUCGCACUCAUGUCACACUUUUAUACAGGUUCAACAGGAGCCACAGGCGCCUCAUCUUGCCGUUUUUCACCCAGAGUUGUCUUCAGCAUCACAAUCGAACACACUCUCUCUUCACUGGUGUAGAUGUUCUCUCUCUGUCUGUCUCUUCACGUGUCUGCGGUCUCUCUCAGGCAUGUAAAGCUCAGCCCGGGUCGUCAGGUGAGGCUCAUGGCUCCGGUCAGUCGCUGCCCCCCCACGUGAGUGCGCUGGAUCAGGCUGAGGAUCAGUCCAGUCCAGCCAAGAGGGAGAGGACCGCCAGCCCAGCCAAGAGUUCUUCAGAGGCUUGGACCCACAGUUCAGCACAGCCACGAGCUCCCAACUGGUACCUGUCUCCUCAGAAGCUGCAGUUGCUGGAGCAGUUGCGAGUCAACCGUGCGAGUCUGAAGCCGCUUCAGCUGCAGAUGUUGGAGCAGUUGGAGGCUCAGCUGUCAGCCAUGCACCAGCAACAGUUGAAGCAAAGCUCUUCUGGGCAAAUACGAGCCAGCCUCCCCAACGGCCCCUCACUGCCUGCUCACCCCGCUCCGCCGUUAGCCAACGGCCCGCAGCCCCCUUCAGUCGGCAAUAAUCACACGCCAGGAACCAGAACCAACGGAGACGUGCCUUACCUGCACCCCAACACACUACCUCACAACUGCACAAGCCCAGGAGACACAUGGAGGAGCCAGCGUCUCAACUCCGCUCAGGGGCUUCAGAAAGGUCCGGGUUCGCAUUGGGCAGGUCCUAAUGGAGACCGGAUUCUCUCUUCCAGUGCUUCAGCCGACGGCGGCCCUCACAAUCAGGUUGGACUUCCCGCCACGACCCCAUCGGAGCCAGCUGUCAAUCAUCUGUCCUCUCCUUCCUCCACGUCGUCCCCCGCUUCUUCCUCCUCGCAAACGGCUACCUCAGGUGCGCCCCACGGCACCAGCCCGACCAAAGAGAGCGCCGCCCUACAGGCCAACGGUUCCACUGCCACCAACCACCACAGCCCCGACCGCUCCAGCGCCUCCUCGCCCGCCUCGUCCCCAUCGCCCCGCUGUGCUGCGCCGGCCGCCGUUAACGGGAGCGGAGGGGGAGCGUGUUCGGAGGACUCUCAGAGCCCGCUGAAGCUGGAACCGCUGGAGCUCUGCAUCAAAGCAGCUCUCAAACCGUCUCGCUCGUCCUCCACCGUCUCCAUUUACCCCACAUCCACAGACGUCCUGAAGGCCUGCAGGAAUCUUGGGAAGAACGGUCUGUCGAGCAGCAGUAUCCUGCUGAAUAAGUGUCCGCCGCCGCGGCUUCCUCCUCCUCCGUCACCGCCGCUCGCUAAAGACAAACUCAACCCGCCGACGCCGAGCAUCUAUUUGGAGAAUAAAAGAGACGCAUUCUUCCCGCCGCUGCACCAGUUCUGCACCAACCCCUCCAACCCUGUCACCGUCAUCCGCGGCCUAGCUGGAGCCCUCAAACUAGAUUUGGGCCUGUUCUCCACGAAGACACUAGUAGAGGCAAACCCGGAGCACCUGGUGGAGGUGCGGACGCAGCUGUGUCAGCCGGCCGAUGAGAACUGGGAUGCCAGCGGUCUGAAGAAGCAGUGGCGCUGCGAGAGCAUACGCUCCUACACCACCAUCUCCACAUACGCACAGUACCAGGCCUCGUCCUUCCAGGAGUCGCUGCGGGAAGAGAAUGAGAAGAAGGGCCAGAAGGAGCUGUCAGACUCUGAAGCAACGUCAUCAGAAACUGUUUCCAGGAGGCAGAAGGGUCCUUUAAAACAAGUCAAGUUUGGGACGAACAUUGACGUCUCCGAUGAAAAGAAGUGGAAGCUGCAGCUGCAGGAACUCGGUAAGCUGCCUGCGUUUGCGCGUGUGGUGUCUGCUGGGAACCUGCUGAGUCACGUGGGGCACAGCAUUCUGGGUAUGAACACGGUCCAGCUCUUCAUGAAAGUCCCAGGCAGCAGAACUCCAGGCCAUCAGGAGCACAAUAACUUCUGCGCCGUCAACAUCAACAUCGGGCCGGGCGACUGCGAGUGGUUUGCCGUGCCGGAGCCGUAUUGGGGCGUGAUGAGCGAGUUCUGUGAGAAGAACAACAUCAACUUCCUGAAGGGCUCGUGGUGGCCGAAUCUGGAGGAUCUGUACGAGGCUAACGUGCCGGUGUACCGCUUCAUCCAGCGGCCUGGAGAUCUGGUGUGGCUGAACACGGGGACGGUGCACUGGGGUCAGGCCAUCGGCUGGUGCAAUAACAUCUCGUGGAGCGUGGGCCCUCUGACCGCGUAUCAGUACAAGCUGGCCGUCGAACGUUACGAGUGGAACAAACUCCAGAGCGUCAAAUCUAUGGUUCCCAUGGUGCAUCUGUCCUGGAACUUGGCGAGGAACAUUAAAGUGUCCGACCACAAGCUGUUUGAGAUGAUCAAGUUCUGUCUGCUGCGGACGCUCAAGCAGUGUCAGACGAUUAAAGAGGCGCUGGUGUCUGCUGGGAAGGAGACCGUCUGGCACAGAAGAAGCCGAGAUGAGCCGGCUCAUUACUGCAGCAUCUGUGAGGUGGAGGUGUUUAACCUGCUCUUUGUGACGAGCCACAGUUACUCCAGGAAGUCCUGCGUGGUUCAGUGUCAGGAUUGCGCUCGGAAGGCCAGCAGUGAGCUCGACGGUUUCGUGGUGCUGCAGCAGUUCAGGAUGGAGGACCUCAUGCAGGUUUACGACCAGUUCUCAUUAGCUCCUGUUCUGCAUUCGUCUUCAUCUUGACAUUAAGACGCCGUACAUGUGGAGAAUAUCGCAUUACAGGAACUCUCUAAACGGACCAUUUCUGAUAUUCAGGACCGUGGCGCUCGUCUCUCGUGUGGCUGGGGACCAUCGGAGAGCACGGGACCGUCGACUCAAGUGGCUGUGUGUGUCUAUGCAAC